AUGUCUGUCAACGGUGCAACCGGUAAGGCUCCAGCUUUAGACCCUGAGCCGGCCACCGUCCCCCAUCGCGCGGCGCACGGCCUGGUCAAGGUGCAACCUGCUCGUUUGUCUGAUCUGCAACCCAAGUAUGCUGCGGUAAUCCAACAUGAUGUUGAAAACCCCGAUGCGCAUGGAUGGUACUCCCAAAUGAUUCACAACCUGGGCUCAUGUAUCGGCUUCUGUGGUGCUAUUCCCUGCUGCAUCUGCUGCCCAAACCCCUUCAAGCCUGUCGACCAGGGUCAGGUCGGUCUGGUCUCGCGAUUUGGACGCUUCGAGCGUUCCGUCGAUCCUGGCCUGGUAAAGGUCAACCCCCUUAGCGAGCACCUGACUACCGUCGACGUGAAGAUCCAGAUCGUCGAAGUUCCCCGCCAGGUCUGUAUGACCAAAGAUAAUGUCACUCUCAACCUCACCUCCGUCAUCUACUACCAAGUCACCUCUCCACAUAUCGCUGCCUUCGGAAUCUCCAACGUCAAGCAGGCCCUCAUCGAGCGCACCCAGACUACCCUGCGCCAUGUGAUCGGAGCCCGCGUCCUGCAGGACGUCAUCGAACGCCGCGAAGAGAUCGCCCAGUCCACAUCGGAGAUCAUUGAGGAGGUGGCAUCAGGCUGGGGUGUGCAGGUCGAGUCGAUGCUUAUCAAGGAUAUCAUCUUCAGCAAUGAUCUGCAGGAUUCGCUUUCCAUGGCGGCUCAGUCUAAACGGAUCGGUGAGAGCAAGGUUAUCGCCGCUCGUGCCGAGGUCGAGUCUGCCAAGUUGAUGCGCCAGGCUGCUGAUAUUCUGUCGUCUGCUCCUGCGAUGCAAAUUCGUUACUUGGAGGCUAUGCAGGCUAUGGCUAAGAGUGCUAACAGCAAGGUCAUCUUCUUGCCGGCCAUGAACCAGACCAUGAGUCAGCAGUUGGUCGAGAAUGCGGGCGAGGGUCCAAGCAGUCAGAUCGAUGAUGGAUUCCAGCAGGCUAUGAAUGCUCGCGUUGUUGAGAACAUCUAG